AUGGCGGAAACGGGUUUGAUUCUGAAGUGGUUCCCUUUGAUAGCCAUUGGAUUGUUUGUUCUGAAAUGGGUGUUGAAGAGAGUCAAUGUUUGGAUUUAUGAGUCCAAACUUGGUGAGAAGAAACAUUAUCUUCCACCAGGAGAUUUGGGAUGGCCUUUCAUUGGCAACAUGUUUCCCUUCCUUAGAGCUUUCAAAACAUCUGAUCCUGACUCCUUCGUCCGUAGCUACUUCACAAGGUAUGGGCGUAAUGGUGUUUAUAAAGUACACAUGUUUGGGAACCCAAGUGUGAUAGUAACAACACCAGAGACUUGUCGGCGAGUUCUAACAGAUGAUGAUGCCUUCCAGCCAGGCUGGCCAAAAUCCACCAUGGAACUCAUUGGGAGGAAGUCUUUUAUAGGUGUAUCCGAAGAAGAACAUAAGCGGCUCAGGCGUUUGACCGCUGCUCCUAUCAAUGGCCCUGAGGCUCUCUCUGUCUACAUAAAGUUCAUUGAAGAUGCUGUUGUUGCUGAUCUUGAAAAAUGGUCCAAGAUGGGAGAAAUCGAGUUCUUGACUCUUGUGCGUAAGCUUACGUUCAAGAUCAUUAUGUACAUAUUCAUGAGCUCUGAGAGUGAGCAUGUUAUGGAUGUAUUGGAACGUGAAUAUUCCAACCUUAACUAUGGAGUUCGAUCCAUGGCUAUCAAUCUUCCUGGUUUUGCUUAUUAUAAAGCAUUGAAGGCAAGGAAGAAACUUGUAGCUGCUUUUCAGUCAAUAGUGACUAACAGGAGAAACCAAAAGAAGCAAGGUGUGUCUAACAAGAAAAAAGACAUGCUUGAUCAUCUAAUAGAUGCUAAAGAUGAAAAUGGAAGAACUUUAGAGGAUGAUGAGAUUAUUGAUGUUUUGUUGAUGUAUCUUAAUGCUGGUCAUGAAUCCUCUGGACACACCAUUAUGUGGGCUACCAUUUUCCUCCAGGAACACCCUGAGAUUCUUCAGAAGGCAAAGGAAGAGCAAGAGAUGAUUGUGAAAAAGAGAGUGCCGGGACAGAGUUUGACGCUUAAAGAGACACGUCAAAUGGAGUAUCUUUCACAGGUUAUAGAUGAGACGCUCCGAGUGAUAACAUUCUCUUUUACGGCCUUCCGGGAAACAAAGUGUGAUGUCCAGAUGAAUGGUUAUAUCAUACCAAAAGGCUGGAAGGUUCUGACUUGGUUUAGGGAUGUUCAUUUGGACCCUGAGACCUACCCGGAUCCAAAGAAAUUUGAUCCUUCUAGAUGGGAGAACUACACACCAAAAGCAGGCACAUUCUUUCCUUUUGGAUUAGGAGGUCGUCUUUGCCCUGGAAACGAUCUUGCCAAGCUCGAGAUUUCCAUUUUUCUUCAUCAUUUCCUCCUCAAAUACCGAGUGGAAAGGAGCAAUCCUGCUUGUCCGGUGAUGUUCUUGCCUCACAACAGGCCCAAAGAUAAUUGCUUGGCAAGAAUCACCAAAACGACUCCGUAA